UUUUUUUUUUCUCUCUCUCUCCCUUAUAUUAUCAAAUAAUGACUACUACUACAACUAAUGAACAACCCGACUAUCUGCGCAUGAUCUUGACUGCCAGAGUGUAUGACAUCAUUCAAGAAACACCACUGCAGGAGGCUCUCAACCUGAAUUCUAAGCUUGGGUCCAAAAUCUAUCUGAAGCGAGAAGAUCUUCAGCCUGUCUUUUCCUUCAAGAUCCGUGGUGCUUACAACCGUAUGGCUCAUUUAACUCCUGAAGAAAAGCAGCGUGGUGUUAUUGCCUGCUCUGCCGGUAAUCAUGCUCAGGGUGUUGCCUAUUCCGCAAAGAAAUUAGGCAUCAAAGCCAAAAUUGUCAUGCCCGUACCCACACCCGCCAUCAAGUGGCGUAAUGUCGCACGAUUAGGCGCUGAAGUGGUAUUGUACGGUGACGACUUUGACGAGGCAAAAAAAGAAUGUGCGCGAUUAACAAAAGAAGAGGGACUUUUAGACAUUCCACCUUUUGAUGACCCUUAUGUGAUUGCUGGUCAAGGCACGAUUGGCAUGGAGAUUUUACGUCAACAUGACUUGAAUGACAUUAGCACCAUCUUUAUCCCUAUUGGCGGUGGAGGACUAGUGGCUGGUAUUGGCAGUUAUGUCAAGCGUAUCGCUCCUCAUAUCAAGAUCAUUGGUGUGGAAGCACACGAUGCCAGUGCCAUGAAUGAAAGUUUAAAGGCCAAUGAACGUGUGGUGUUGGAUGAGGUUGGAUUGUUUGCGGAUGGUGCGGCAGUCCGUAUGGUCGGAGAGGAAAAUUAUCGAUUGGCCAAGAGUUUGAUUGAUGAUGUCGUGCUUGUAACGAACGACGAGGUGUGUGCGGCUAUCAAGGAUGUAUUUGAAGAUACGCGAUCUGUCUGUGAGCCUACGGGUGCACUUGCCUUAGCGGCGAUCAAAAAGUAUCUGGUGUUACAUCCCGAGACGAAAAAAGAUGUGCAUGUGGCCAUUGUGUCGGGUGCCAAUGUCAAUUUUGAUCGUUUGAGGUUUAUUGCCGAAAGAGCAGAAUUGGGUGAGAAAACAGAGGCCUUUUGUACAGUCAUUAUUCCAGAAAAACCGGGAAGUUUCAUGAAUAUGAUCAAUCAGGUCAUUCCUCGUGCCGUCACCGAGUUCUCCUACCGUUAUAACGAUAAGGAGAACGCACACAUCUACAUCUCAUUCAAGGUAAAAGAUCUCGAGACUGAAGUGAAACAGGUCAUGGAUGGUUGGUCAGCUCAGGGUAUGAAGAGUUUAAACGUGAGUGAUAACGAGUUGGCAAAGGCUCAUGCACGUUAUAUGGUCGGUGGCACAAGACCUGUCAAUGAACGUGUCUUUCGAUUUAUCUUUCCUGAACGUCCUGGUGCUUUAAUCAAGUUUUUGGUUGGCUUGGAUUCCACAUGGAACGUUUCCUUGUUCCAUUAUCGUAACCAUGGCGACGAUAUUGGUAAGGUCUUUUUGGGUGUGCAGGUGCCUCCUGAGGAUACUGAGCAGUUCAAUGAUUAUUUAACACGACUUGGUUAUCAAUAUAUCGAAGAAACUGAUAACACAGUGUACAAAUCAUUUUUAUGCUAGAAAAAAAUAAAAUAAAAAAUAAUAAAAAUUUCCCCCACUAUAAAAAAAUAAGCCAAAAAAAAAAAAAAAAAAUGAC